GGUUUACUGACAAGUUCAAAUUUUUCUUGUCCAAUCUGCUGCAGCGCGCGCUCAGUCUGGACCAAUCAGCGCUGUCGGAGCUCCGGCGGCUCCUUUAUAAGUCCGGUGUCGCCAGAGAGGAGACAUUCCUUUUUUAAGUCUGCGUAGGAGAAACAGCGUAAGUUUAAUAUGGCCAGAACUAAGCAGACCGCUCGUAAAUCCACUGGAGGAAAAGCUCCGAGGAAACAGCUCGCUACCAAAGCCGCCCGGAAGAGCGCUCCGGCUACCGGCGGCGUAAAGAAGCCCCACCGUUAUAGGCCCGGCACCGUGGCGCUGAGAGAGAUCCGCCGCUACCAGAAAUCCACCGAGCUGCUGAUCCGCAAGCUGCCCUUCCAGCGCCUGGUGAGAGAAAUCGCUCAGGAUUUCAAGACCGACCUCCGCUUCCAGAGCUCCGCUGUGAUGGCUCUGCAGGAGGCCAGCGAGGCUUACCUGGUCGGCCUGUUCGAGGACACCAACCUGUGCGCCAUCCACGCCAAGAGGGUGACCAUCAUGCCCAAAGACAUCCAGCUGGCCCGCCGCAUCCGUGGAGAGAGGGCUUAAACUGAUCUGAGAACAUCUACAGUCAACAAAACGGCUCUUUUAAGAGCCACAUCA